AUGUCUUCAGAUGAAAAAAUAGAUAUACAACGUCAAUUAAAUGAACGACAACGUGGUCCCUGGCACGAUUUAACAAAAGAAGAAAAAAAAGCAGCAUAUUUUAUUGCUUUUGGGCCAUAUGGUUCACGAUCAACUAUUCAUCCUCCAGGGUUUUUUAAAAAGGUUGUUAUAGGGACGCUAAGUAUGUUAACUAUAUCAACAAUUCUAUUCUUUACAGUUCGUUCAUUUGCCGCAUCACCACCUCAUACAAUGACAAAAGAAUGGCAAGAAGCAUCCAAUGAACUCCUUAAGACACAAAAUAUAGAGCCAAUUACAGGUAUUAGUAGUAAGGGAUAUAAAGGAAAAGGAAUGGUUCAAUCAUCUAAAUAA